AUGACAUUAGACAGGAUUCAUAGACAUCUAACAAUCAUUCUCUUCUCUGCUCUCAUUAGUGUGGUCUGCCUGCAGGAUGAAUUUGGACACCUAGGACUUGCUGCCACAGAUCUGCCCUUCAAGUCGACGGACAUCGAUUCAGCUGCGCCGCAGCAUCACAACAACUAUGCGGAGAUUACGGACAGCAGUGCCGAGAACACGUGCCAGCAACGCUGGCCACCACAUGCGGGAGGUGGUGGAUUGGCCAGCGCUUUCGGUCAUCCGGAUAAGCCGAUUAGCUGGAUGUACGGCUUGCUGGGUUGCAUGAAGCCCGUGUUGUCCUUCAUUGGCAAGGCGGGCGUCAUCGAGGUGAAGAACCAGCGYAGCGAAAACUGGGAAAUACCCUUUGAGUCCAUCACGGAUCUGGACUGGUUGGGCAGUGGUGCGCAGGGUGCCGUCUUCAGCGGCAARCUGAACAAUGAAAUUGUGGCUGUCAAGAAGGUAAAGGAGCUGAAGGAGACAGACAUCAAGCACUUGCGCAAGCUGGAUCAUGAGAACAUUAUCAAAUUCAAAGGCGUUUCAACGCAGUCCCCUGUCUUUUGCAUCAUCAUGGAGUAUUGUCCGUAUGGCCCGCUGCAGGACAUAUUGAAGGAGGAGCAGGUCAUGUUGCCGUCCCGUUUGGUCUCUUGGUCCAAACAAAUUGCGUUGGGCAUGCAAUAUUUGCACUCACAUAAGAUCAUACACAGAGAUCUAAAGAGUCCCAACAUACUGAUUAGUACAAAUGAAGUGGUGAAGAUCAGCGACUUUGGCACCAGUCGCGAGUGGAAUGAGAUUAGCACGAAGAUGAGCUUCGCGGGCACCGUUGCCUGGAUGGCGCCCGAGGUUAUUCGAAAUGAACCCUGCUCUGAGAAGGUCGAUAUUUGGUCGUACGGUGUCGUGCUCUGGGAAAUGCUCACCUGUGAAAUACCGUACAAGGAUGUCGACUCAUCGGCCAUUAUUUGGGGCGUGGGCAACAAUUCGCUGAAGCUGCUGGUGCCCAGCACCUGUCCUGAGGGUUUCAAGCUGCUCGUCAAGCUCUGCUGGAAGAGCAAGCCGCGCAAUCGCCCCUCAUUCCGGCAAAUACUCAGCCAUCUGGACAUAGCCGGGCCGGAGCUGUUGCGCAAAAGUGAAAAGCAAUAUUUCGAGACGCAAAAGUCGUGGAAGGAGGAGGUGCGCUCCCAUCUCAAGGAGAUCACUCAGAACGGCACCAGCAUACACAAGUAUGAGCAGGAUCUGAUCAGGCGACGCACCGCCGAAUGGCGACAUGCGCAGGACAUACGCAUGGUCUACGAGGACAAGCUGCAAAAGACAAAUCAGCUGUUCUUCGAGCUGAGCGAGUGCAUGACACAGCUGCAGGAGAAAGAGAAAGAGAUUGCCGAGCGGGAACGUAAGCUGCCCGGCUCAGGCUAUAAGCCCACGCGACGUUUGGGCAACACUCUCAGGAAAAUGCAACAUUAUCGACGACGACUGAAUGCGCCACCGGCACAACCAAUUCAACAACAGCAAUCCUCAACGCCUGAUCCCGAGACCACGCCAGAGAGUCCCGUGAAAUGUGUGCUCUAUGCGCAACUGGAUGGCGAUAGCCAGCCGAAAUCCUAUUGUGCUGUCGGCACCAGCAUUCUUGUCGGCCCCAAUAUUUCCAACAAAAACAAGAAGACUUGGCGUCAUCGACGCAAUGGCUCGGGCUCCUUUGCCGCACCGCCCAAAUACAGUCCGACGCGCGAUCGUCGCUAUCAAAGCGAGCCGGAAAACCGCAAGGUUCAGCUGGUCGAGCGGCAAACUCAAACGGAUGCCAUGGAUGUCAGCGAGACGGACAUUAGUCCGUGCGUUGAGCAGCCAGCUGAAGUGCCCCAGCCGCCACCCAUUCAUCGUCAGCUGCCGUUGCAACUUCAACGCAUCCAGCAGCUGGCCACGGCCAUGGCGCAAGCCAAGGUGCUCGGUAGCAGCCUACCAGCAGCAACCGAUAGCUCACCAGCAAAUGCUGCCAGUCCAUCCAAUGGUAACUCGCUGAGCAACAGCGAGCUGACCUAUCAGGAUGCAUGCUCCAGUCCYGAUCAGCUCAUUGACGACGUGAUGAACAGCAACGAGCGUCUGGACAUUUCUGACUGCUACAGCGACAAUGAGAAUCUUGAGCGUCUGGGCCGCAAAGUCAGCGAGUUCAUUAACGAGAACCGCCUGUCCAUCCAGUCGAAUUCCACAGAGAAUGGCAACGGCGGCAGCGGUGGCAGCGUACACACGACAACGGCGCCGGAGCCGCGAGAUAUGGGUGCAACCAGCAGUCCCUGUCUGAGCCGCUGCAGCAGCACACAGGGCAGAAGACAGGCAAGGCAACAGCAACAACAACAACAGCAACAACAGCAGCAGCAGCAGUUGCCAGAGAACACAACAGCGAUCCACAGCAAUGCUAAUGGUGAAUCGUCUCAGGAGCCUCAAGGCGAGGAUAGCUGGUCGGAUGAGGAGGGUGAGGAUACCGACUAUAAUUACGCGUUGCGCAGAAGAAGCAUUGGACGCCUGCCCAUYGGACGUGGCAUGCGGCCGAGACGUAGCUAUAAGGCGCCGCUCUCACAAAAGAUUGCCAUACACAAGCGUAAUGUGGUCAUCGUAUCCGAUGAGGARAACACCUCCGAGUACAGUCAUUCGCCGUCGAGCCAACACUCGACACUCGAAAGCAAUACGGAUAUACCGGUCGAUCUAAAGCUGAAAAAACAACAGAAACAGAACAUCAACAAUAGCUCCAGCGAGCCAGACUCAAGUGACUCCAGCGAGGAGGACGAAGAGGAGGUCGAGGAGGGCGCAAAAAGGCCGAAGAAGCCAUCAACUCCAGCGUUACAAAUGGGCGCCAUACGCAGCAGCGAUAUUAUAUCUAUACCCACAUUUGAGGCUGAUGGCGCCGUAAAUAUGGUUUAACCUAGUUAUGCAUAGCCUAAGUGAGAAAAGCUCCUACAACAAUUAACCGAAAUCAACUAUCUCUUUAUAUACUCAAAAACAAAA